CGGCUCGCGGAGAGUCCCGGGAGCUGCUCUCGCGAGAGUACGGCAAGAGGCUCCUGUUCGCUGGCUCUGGAACGGCGACCACUGGAACCUCAGCGGGCGCUGCAGCUGGAGCGGUAGUCCCGCGGCGCAGCCGGGAGUCGGCCUGGUCUGGGAGAGGGUGCAGGGAGAGCGUGGUGGGCGCAGCCUUGGGCUCCGGAGCGUGCCCUUGCCCUUAGCCGGGCUCGCUCCCGUCGCUGAGACGCGUCCAGCAGCUGCGGCUGACAGGGGCCGCGCGCGCGGGAGUCGGCGGGGUCGCGUCUGCCGCACCUGCGCCGACUGCCAGCUCCAGGUCCCCGCCCGGCUGGGCGGGCGACGAGGGCCGGAGAGCGGGAGCGGGCGCAGGCGGGGCCCCUCAGGGCCACCUCCUAGCCCCGCGGCCGCCGCUGGAAGAUGUCUCAGGAGAGGCCCACGUUCUACCGGCAGGAGCUGAACAAGACAAUCUGGGAGGUGCCCGAGCGUUACCAGAAUCUCUCCCCGGUGGGCUCUGGUGCCUAUGGCUCCGUGUGUGCUGCUUUUGACACAAAAACCGGGUUACGUGUGGCAGUGAAGAAGCUCUCCAGACCAUUUCAGUCCAUUAUUCAUGCCAAAAGGACCUACAGAGAACUGCGGUUACUUAAACAUAUGAAACAUGAAAAUGUGAUCGGUCUGUUGGAUGUUUUUACACCUGCAAGGUCUCUGGAGGAAUUCAAUGAUGUAUAUCUGGUGACCCAUCUCAUGGGUGCAGAUCUGAACAACAUUGUGAAAUGUCAGAAACUUACGGAUGACCAUGUUCAGUUCCUCAUCUAUCAGAUUCUCCGAGGUCUCAAGUAUAUACAUUCAGCGGACAUAAUUCACAGGGACCUAAAACCUAGUAAUCUAGCUGUGAACGAAGACUGUGAGCUGAAGAUCUUGGAUUUUGGACUGGCCCGACAUACAGAUGAUGAAAUGACAGGCUAUGUGGCCACCAGGUGGUACAGGGCUCCUGAGAUCAUGCUGAACUGGAUGCAUUACAACCAGACAGUUGAUAUUUGGUCAGUGGGAUGCAUAAUGGCCGAGCUGUUGACUGGAAGAACAUUGUUUCCUGGUACAGACCAUAUUGAUCAGUUGAAGCUCAUUUUAAGACUCGUUGGAACCCCAGGGGCUGAUCUUUUGAAGAAAAUCUCCUCAGAGUCUGCAAGAAACUACAUUCAGUCUUUGACCCAGAUGCCGAAAAUGAACUUUGCAAAUGUAUUUAUUGGUGCCAAUCCCUUGGCUGUCGACUUGCUGGAGAAGAUGCUUGUAUUGGACUCAGACAAGAGAAUUACGGCAGCCCAAGCCCUUGCACACGCCUACUUUGCUCAGUACCAUGAUCCUGAUGAUGAACCAGUAGCUGACCCUUAUGAUCAGUCCUUUGAAAGCAGGGACCUCCUUAUAGAUGAAUGGAAAAGCCUGACCUACGAUGAAGUCAUCAGCUUUGUGCCGCCACCCCUUGACCAAGAAGAGAUGGAAUCCUGAGAACCUGGUUUCUGUUCUGUUGAUCCCACUUCACUGUGAGGGGAAGGCCUUUCCAUGGGAACUCUCCAAAUAUCAUUCAAGUGCCUCUUGUUGCAAAGAUUUCCUCCAUGGUGGAAGGGGUGUGUGUGCGUGCGCACGCGCGUGUGUAUGUAUAUGUAUGUGUGUGUACUCCUGUGUGUGUGCAUGUGUGUGUGUGUCUUUGUGGGAGGGUAAGAGAAUAGGAGCAAACUAUGAUCACAGUGGCUUCAGGGGCAGUCCCAGAAGCUCCGAGGCGGCCUCUGCUUGCCCCUUGGGAGAGUCAGCUCAGGCAAGUAAGGGCUGCCGUCUUGUUCGGGUUUGUUACGUGCAAAAUAAAGAUACUACACGGCCCAGAUCCCAGUCAUGCUUUUGCCAUUUUGGCCUCUCCCAUGGCCCUGUCUGGAGGUGGGAGGUAGUCUCGCUGACAGCCCAUAGUGGCCUAGAGAACGGACGCACACCUUCGGGCUUCCGCGGAAGCCAGCCCUCAGCGACGGCGCGCGGCCAAGAAGGACCAACUGCCUUCUGUGCGCUAGUCUGUGAUUGAUUUGCUUAGUGUGAUUCUCAGAACUCAGCAGAUAUGUGCGAAACUGUAAAUAUGUUUGUGCCUUAAGAGGAGAGAAGAAAGUGUAGACAGUUCAGGCAGCAAGGCCGACCGACCACGUGCGGAGCCUGGCAAGCAGUCGGCUUGUCCCACCGCCGCUGGCGAACCAGAAGUGACCAGGGAGCCCUCGGAGGCGUCGUGUGUGCAUGUGUGCGCAUGCGUGUGCGUGCUUCUCUCUCUCUCUCUCUCUCUCUCUCUCUGGCCCCGCCCCAGGGGCUGCCAUUUCUCUGCUCGCCGCCCCCCGCCCCCCCGCACUCCCCUCCAGCGCAGAGGUUUCUUGCGCAUUAGCCCCAGCAGGCAGAAGCCGGUUCUUGCUGUCAGUGUACUUCCUGUGUACUCUUUAUUCCCAGCAGAGUGACGAUGUGUUUUGCACGUCUUGCUAUUUGAGCAUGCACAGCUGCUUGUCUGUUCCCUUCGGGAGGCCCUGGUGCCAGGCAGGUUUGCCAGUGAAGACUUCUUGGUUAGUUCAGAGCCCACGUCACCUCGGCUGAUGCCAAGGGCAGGUGACAUCAUCCUCUCUCCAGCCCCAGUACUAUUUUGUGUUGAACACAAUUGAUACUCCAGGUGCUUUUGAUGUGAAAACUAUGAAGAAAUGGAACAGAUGGGUCAAUAGCGUGUUCAUUCUUGCCAUCUGGUUUUCGACAAACUCUUUUUGGGGAGCCGUCAUGGGAAAGAUUAGGGCUUUUCCCGGGAAUAUCUCAGACUUUGAAAAACAAUUGUUCUCUUCACUCCCAAUAGCCAAUGCUAAGAAAUGCUGAAAAUCAAAGUGAACAAUAAAAGCUCAUGAGGCCAGAAACUCCUUUUGCUAUCUUUGUCUAAAAAUGGUUAUUAAAAAAAAAA